AUGCAUAGCACCUUCGUUAUUACCACGUUAUGUGCAGUCGCCCUUGCAGCGCCACUUUCACACAGCAGCUUCGAGCACCGCGCGGAACCCACAUCAUCAUGGCAGCCACCUCAGGGUACAACAACAUCGUGCGACAAAGCAUCUGAUAAGAUCAUCGGCUUCUACGUUGGACCGCAGAUGGAGUCUGUCCUCACUGACGCAUGCGCUGCCAUGAUGCCGCGCUGCGCCUAUCCAGACCGCCUUGCCGAUGAUAUUGUGUGCGCCCAAGUCAUAGACUGGAAACUCGACGGGCCGAAGAACAGCACGCAAUCUGCGAACAUUGAGACCACAGAAGGGAACAAGAUCAGCGGAUGGAAUGUCAAAUUCUCGGUCGUACCAGCGGCACAGCCCGAGGGCUCAGCAGGUGUCUUCUGGACAGCACAGGAUUGCUAUGAGUCAUUUGCCUACAUGCUGCAGAACCCGGCACCGGAAGGAUGUCACACCGAACAAGGUUUCGGUGUCGGCAGCAUCACGGUCGGCGGAGACAGUUCACUUGCAGGCACAGUAUUCAAGACCGAGAUAGUCGCGGAUGAAUGAUGUGGACGUGCUCAGCGUUGAGAAUUUGUUCUUCAGUCACG